AUGGGCGUCGCGCUCUCCAUCACUGCAUUCUCGGUGCUCGCGUGCAUCCUCGCCGAACUCAAGCUCCUAACGACCGACCUGGGCUGCAUGGCCAUGUCCGUCGCGGCCGUCAAUGAUGUCACCGCGUGGAUACUGCUCGCCCUGGCCAUCGUGCUCUCAGGCUCCGGCUCGCCGUUCGUUUCAUUCUACGUCCUCCUCUGCGGCGUCGGCUUCGUCGCGGCGGCCACCUUCCUCGUGCGGUUGGUGCUCGUCUACAUGGCGCGCUUGUCCCGGGCCGGCGAGCCCAUCAAGGAGUCGUUCGUCUGCGCGACUGUGGGCAUCGUGCUCAACAUCGGUCGCGACCAUAAGAUACUCAACAACGAGGCGUUCGCCAUCCUGGUGCUCAUGGCGCUCACCACCACCUUCAUUACCACGCCAGCCGUCACUGUGGUGUACAAGCCGGCAUGGCGCUGCGCGUCGUUGUCCAAGCACUGGACCGUGGAGCGCGACGACGACGACGAGGCUGACAGCGAGCGGCGGGUCUCCGAGCUGGACGUCUCCUACACAUGGGCGAGCACCCUCGGCAUUGAGCUCACCGUCGCCCGCUUCAUCACAGCCGCAGCGGCGAAACCCAACGCCGACUUCGGCAACCUCGAGCUCGAGUUCGCCAAGGAUGAGGAAGUCCUACAGAGAUACGUCACCCGGGCGCUCAAGUCCAGGGACGUGUCCGUCAGGUACGAGGAGUUCUCCAUCGCGGCCAUCAACGAGAGCGACUCCGGCGGCCAAUGGGAGCCGCUCGCGCCCACCAAAGAAGCUCAGGAAUUUGCGCUCUCUCAGAAGUACCACGAGGGACUCCUCAAGUUGCAACAAAAAGACUAUGCAAAAGCUCGUGAACUUCUCGAGGAUGUUUUGAAAGACCCACUAAUAUCAAACGUUCAGGUUGAUAACAUUGGCAGUGAUCAGCAUUUGCUGCAGCUAAGGUUUUUGACAUUGAAAAACCUUGCAUCUGUUUUCCUUCAACAAGGUCCGGAGUUCUAUGAUAAUGCUCUUCAUUGUUACCUACAAGCUGUAGAGCUUGAUUCAAAUGAUUCAGUUGUCUGGAAUCAUCUGGGAACGCUUUCUUGUUCAAUGGGUUUGCUGAGCGUAUCAAGAUGGGCAUUUGAGCAAGGGCUUGUAUGCAGCCCAAACAACUGGAACUGCAUGGAGAAAUUGUUGGAGGUGCUUAUAGCAAUAAGUGAUGAAGUCGCAUGCCUUUCUGUAGCAAAUUUAAUACUUAAGAGUUGGCCAUCACAUCAUCGUGCUUUACAUGUGAAGAAGACCAUUGAAUGUGCUGAACCGGUACCUUUUGCACCUCGGGGUAUUGACAUACUUGAACCCAAGCAUGCAAAACUCAUCUUUUCCAAUAAAAGAAAAUCUGUAGAUGAUGAAAUCUGUCAAGAAAUAGGGACAAAGAAGAGUAAACAGAGUGCUACAUUGCAAUUGAAUGAAGCAAAAUGGUUCGCCCUUUUAGACGGUAUCCUAAGCUUCAUAAGUGCAAACAACGAGAAGGCUGGUGAAUAUAAUUGCACAAAUACUGUUGAUAGGUGUUCAGUCAGCGAGAGUAGUGGCAAGGGGCUUGCUUAUAACAUGAUUGAUGUUGUCAUAUCUACAGAUACAAUCAAAAGUGUGGAAUCUGCUGGUGGAAAUGGAAAUGAUUCACACCAUGACGGUGAGAUUCUGCCAUUUCAUGAUUGCAAAACUCCAGUUAAAGAGAAAGAUGUUAAUUCUGAUAGGGAACAUCCUCAUGAAAGACGGAGCACACGCCUUGAGAGGCUGCGAAGUCGCAAAUCUGGAAAAGAUGAAAAUGGAUCUGAUGGUAAAGAUAUAUCACAUGCUAUGACCCAGUUUCUUGAAUCAUUUAUUCUAAAAGGACCAAGUCCUGUAGAAAAGGCUGAUUUUUCUGGAAAUGCCGAUGCUUCAAAUCCUGAUACUCUCAACUAUACAUCCGAUGAGGAGGCAAAUGAUUUUAAGCAAUUUCUAUGCAAGAUAUCCAAAAAUUUUGGCCCUCAUCACAUUGGUUGUAUGUUACUUGAGGAGAUGUCUCAUCUCAAAGUGCCAUUCCAAGAUUAUUUUGUCAAGUUCAUUGAACUGGACAAACUUACUAGAGGCUGGGCUGAAGACAGAUCUGCACUGUGCAAUUUAUUUCUAGCUGAACUGUACUAUGAUCAUGCUUUGUGUUCUGGAAGCCCAUCAACAUCUUCUGAGCUGUCUGAUUCAUCUUACCAUCUUUGUAAGAUCAUUGAAUCAGUAGCUCUGGAACUGCCAUUCGACACAUCUGUUGGAGAAAUACAUUCCACCAACUUGGAUAUGGGAAGUAGUAGGGCAGGUGAAUCUUCAAGUGAUGUAAAUGAGAGAGGUCAUGAAAAAUCUGACAAAUCUGGUCACGUUGAUGUGCUUAGUGAUCAAAAGUCCAAACAUGAUUCUUCUUCAAACAUGAAUUGUGCGUUCUGGAUUCGCUUCUUCUGGCUGAGUGGUUGCCUGUCCCUUUCAUCAGACUGCAAAGAGAAAGCUUAUAAGGAGUUCAAUAUUGCCCUGUCAAUACUAAAAAAUAGCAAUGAAACCAAAAGCUAUGGAGAGUUCAUUCUUCUACCUCACACCAAGCUUGUAAAAUCACUGACAACUGAUAGGAUUCUUCGUGAAAUUAACUUGAUCAGGCUUGAAUCACUCCUUUGGAAUAAUGACGAGAAUAUCAACAAAAUAACUCAUACAGAGUUCAUGCAAUUACUACCUCCACUUUUGCUUUCCACCAAAGAUGCCUAUGUUGGAUAUGCGUAUGGUCCACAAAGAGAAAGCGAGAAUGUUAUUUCACUUGAGUUGUCUGCCUUGGAUGUCUUAAUAUCUGCAUGUGAAAAAGCAAAACCAAUGAACAUCCAGGUAUAUCUUGACUCCCAUCGAAGAAAAAUUCAAGUUCUAACUGUGGCAGCUGGCAUGGUUGGAUCUGUUACACCCCUGAAAGCAAAAGGUUCAAGCGACGUGGACUUUGUGGAAGCAAUGAACAGGAACCGGCUAGAAAAUGUUGUGGAAGCAGUCAAAGAUGUGUCUCGAAAUGCCAGUAAAGCAAAAGACAUAAUUGAUCAAUGUGAUAAUUCUGAUGGGCAAGAUGGCUGGAGCUCACUAGUUUCUAUCGUUGGUGAUAUUCAAUCAUUGCUCCUGACAAUCAUGUGUGCUGCUGUCAAGAUAAUCCUAUCGAGAAAACUCUCAUGCUCUGGAACCUCCUAUCAGGUUGACCAGUUGGAAAGUUCCUGUCUCAUAGAUGCAGCAAUUGCAUUUUGCAAGCUCCAGCACCUUGAUCCUACAAUAUCCAUCAAAACCCAGGUUGACUUAAUCGUCGCAGUCCAUGAUUUGCUUGCUGAGUAUGGGCUCUGUUGUGCUGGAAGGGAUGGUGAAGGGGAGGAAGGGACGUUCCUCAAGUUCGCAAUCAAACAUCUCAUGGCUCUAGAUGUGAAACUAAAAUCUCAACUUAAUUCAAAUGGGAUGGAAGAAGAUGCAGUUCCAAAAGACGUCAGAGAAGAAGACAGUAUGGCCGAUGAACCAUCGGUUAGUGACAGUAAGCAGAACUCUGAUGAUGAGGAAGAAUCGGAAUUGGAUGAGAUACAGUCAUGUCUUGAUAGUGCCUUGGACCAGGCUUUUUUCUGCCUGUAUGGUUUGAAGAUCAACCCGGAUUCUUGCAGUGAAGAUGAUCUUGCAGUACAUAAAAAUACAAGCCGUGGUGAUUAUCAAACCAAAGAACAGUGUGCUGAUGUGUUUCAAUAUGUCCUGCCAUAUGCAAAAGCUCUAUCUAAAACUGGCUUGGUUAAAUUAAGGAGAGUGCUGCGGGCUAUACGUAAACACUUUCCGCAGCCACCCUAUGACUUAUUUGUCAACAACCCUAUUGAUAAUUUCUUGGAUGGACCUGACUCAUGUGAAAAAAUACUCUCUGAAAUUUGUGAAAGCAAUGAAUCUAGGGAAGCUAUCCUGAAUGUACUGUUCCCAGGUGAAAGGGGCUACGAAGCAUUCAAAAAGCUCUCCACUGUCAGCUCUGAGCCUUACUCAGAUGUUUAUGAAAACUUAUAUUAUUACAUAGCUCAAGCUGAAGAUAUUAGCGCCACCGACAAGCAUGCAGGUUUUGUUUUGAAAAAGGAAGGAGAAGAAUUCGUUGAACAGAGUGCCAAUAUUUUCAAGUAUGAUUUGUUGUACAAUCCAUUGCGGUUUGAAAGCUGGCAGAAGCUUUCCAAUCUUUAUGACGAGGAAGUUGAUCUGUUGCUGAAUGAUGGUAGUAAACAUAUAAGCAUCUUGGAUUGGCGAACAAACACAGAUUUAAUCAGAAGGGUUGAGAUGGGUCGUCGACAUAGUCGACGCUGCUUAUUGAUGAGUUCACUACUGGCCAAAACUGCUCCUGACCAGAGUGAAGCACAUGAACUAUUGGCUCUGGUGUACUAUGAUAGCCUCCAAAAUGUGGUACCUUUUUAUGAUCAAAGAGCUACUUUGCCAGUGAAGGAUUCAUCAUGGGAGACAUUUUGUAAAAAUUCUAUGAAGCACUUUGAGAAGGCUUUUGAAAUCAAGGAGCAGUGGCUUCAUGCGUUUUACCUUGGGAAACUGUGUGAGAAACUGGGGCAUUCCUUUUCUAAGGCAUUUUCAUACUACAACAAAGCCAUGAUGCUGAAUCCAACUGCAGUCGACCCUGUUUACAGGAUUCAUGCAUCACGCUUGAAGUUACUUUACACUCAAGGGAAACAGAAUCUUGAAGCUAUACAGGUUGUUGCUGACUACACAUAUAACCAGUCAACAAAAGAAAAUGUCUUGAGCAUGUUGGGGUCAACGACUAAUGUUUUGCAGUCUUCUUCUGAUGAAACAUCUGCUUUAGAUACUAAAGAGGAAACUAAGUUUGUUGAGCCUGAUAUACUGGAUAAAGCGUGGCACAUCCUUUAUGAUGAUUGUCUGUAUGCUCUUGGUACUUGUGUGGAAGGGGAACUCAAGCAUUUCCACAAGGCGAGAUACAAGCUUGCACAAGGAUUGUAUAGGAGAGGUGAAGCAGGGGACCUGGAGCGGGCUAAGGAAGAGCUCUCAUUCUGUUUCAAAUCUUCUCGGUCUUCCUUUACAAUAAACAUGUGGGAGAUUGAUGGCACUGUUAGAAAAGGAAGGAGGAAAAAUCCAAAUGUGGGUGGAUCCAGAAAGAAUCUGGAGGUCAGUUUGUCAGAAAGUUCACGAAAAUUCAUCACAUGCAUCAGGAAGUAUAUGAUACUCUAUUUAAACCUGCUGGAGAAGAAUAGGGACCUGUGGACUCUUGAGAAGGCUUAUACCUAUCUGAGAACAGAUAAGAGGUUUGCAUUGUGUUUGGGUGAUAUUGUUCCUGCUGGUCUUGGGAAGUACCUUCAAGUUCUAACGGCUGCAAUUCAUGAUCCUGAGAUUUGUCGAGCUUCUGGUGAUGCUUCCGUUGAGCAACUACUUGAGAAAAUGUUGACUGUAUUCAUAGAUCAUGCAAACAUGUGGGCUGAUAUAAGCACUAUACCAGAGGUGAACAGUCCAGAAUUAUCAGAAACCAAUCUUUACAGUUAUAUCCACCAGUACAUACAUUUGCUCGAAAGCGAUGUACGACUAGAUGUUCUAGAAGGACUAAACGAGAAGAUAAGAAAGAGGUUCAAGACACCGAAAUUAUCAAAUAGCAACUUUGCUAAGAUAUGCAAGCAUGCUUCUCUGGCAUGGUGCCGGUGUAUUCUCAUCAAACUGGCCUCAAUCACUCCACUGCCUGAAUCCACAGAUGCAACCAUUCAGCCUGCUCCAUUAUCCAACGGGCUUCUACUCUAUGUUGACUUGCAACCUGAUGAGCUUCUUAUCUCAUCCCCUGAUGGGCCUGCUCAAUUCAAAGGCCUUGACAUGAACUGGUUUGAGACACUUAACAGAAUUAAAAACAUCCCGGUGAAGCAAACAUCCGAAGAUAACUUGGAGACUGCUGUUACGUUAAUGAAGAGCACUUAUAACUUUUAUCGGGAGAGCUCUUGUGGAACAUUUCCCUCAGGUAUCAAUCUCUACACAGUAACACCAUCGCAGGCGCCUAUUGAAGGAUUACCGCAAACCGCUGCUGUAGUUGAGACUCUCGACUUAAGUAUUCCAAGAAAGCUCCUUCUGUGGGUAUAUACCCUGGUUCAUGGUCGUUACUCCAAUAUAUCCUCCGUUGUAAAGUAUUGUGACGAGAUGAAGUUAAGAAGUAAAAGAGGAACCUCAGCUGCGUCUGCUUCAUCACAAGUUGUGCAGCCAGUGUCACACAGUACUGUUUCUUCCCAAGUUGUAUCUAAAGAAAAGAGCUCCCAAGUUGAACCCGCUGAAGCAGCACAAAAUCCUUCUGAUCUAGCUGCAGCUUGCACUCCUGCACACCAAGAAGUGGGUGGUGCUAGCGCCUCGCAAAGUGCCAUUGAGGCACAGAAAGCCACUGCUGCGGCAUCUCAGCUCACUCGCAGUGGUUCAUCAAGGGCAAUGGAAACUGCACAGGACGGCGGGGAGAGGAAGUAA